AUGGCGUUCGCUCCAUAUUAUGCCCAGGGCGCGGGCCUUUAUGAUCAAGAUCCAAAUAGACAGCCCCAACAGCAGCAACCUUCUGCUCCUCGCGCCGCCGUGGCACCUAGUCCGGCAGGCUAUCAGCAAUACAGCGGUUCUGACCCGAACGCAUACGGGGCCAGGACCCAGUCUCCACACCCUCAACAGAGUCAAUUCCCAUUCCCACCGCAGCAGCUUGGACAGGCCGGACUGGAUGGAACCGGAGGUCUGGCUGCACAGAUGGGAGCGAUGGACGUCUCAGGCCCUGCUCGAUCCCACCGCAAGAAGGAAAGACAUGCCUACCAUGACCUUGGCCAGUCGGCUGCCUCCCAAUCAUUCCCCCAAACCGCCGAAACCGCCCCUCAAUUUGUGAAUAACGCUCAAAGCGCACCGUCUCAGCCGCCAUCCAUGUUCGUGAACCCUGCAGACAAGCUCAGGAUGGGAGAGGAGGCAGUUACAACUCAAGGGCGUGUGGAUCCGGAGCAAGUCCCAAGUGUGGCACGAGCGAGAGAUCUUGCUACACAGCAAUACCAGGGUCAGGUCUACCCCACGAUGGAAAAGCAUCUCCCACCGCCGGGUGCCAUCCCAUUUGUUUCACACGACCAGGGCAAUUCGUCUCCAAAGUAUGCUCGGCUUUCCAUCAACAGCAUUCCCAAUUCCGCGGAGAGCCUCGCUUCAACUGGGUUGCCGCUCGGCCUCGUUAUGCAGCCAUUCGCGCCCGUACAAGAAGGAGAACAGCCAAUACCAGUGCUAGACUUUGGUGAAGCUGGACCACCAAGAUGCCGGCGAUGCAGGACAUACAUUAAUCCAUUCAUGACAUUCCGGUCUGGGGGUAACAAAAUGGUCUGCAACAUGUGUAGCUUCCCGAACGAUGUGCCUCCAGAAUACUUCAGUCCGACAGACGCUACUGGUGUACGAGUGGACCGCGCGCAGCGGCCAGAGCUGAUGAUGGGGACCAUUGAGUACCUUGUACCAAAGGAGUAUUGGGCCAAGGAACCUGUGGGCCUGCGGUGGCUUUUCCUGAUUGACAUUACUCAAGAAUCUAUCAACCGAGGUCUCCUAGAAACGGCUUGCCAGGGGAUCGUUACGGCGCUUUAUGGCUCAGACCCCAACGCAGAGCCCACAGAAGAGACACGGCUGCCAAUUGGCACCAAGAUCGGUAUUGUUACCUAUGACAAGGAGGUACAAUUUUACAACCUCAGUCCAGAACUUUCAAGCCCUCAGAUGAUGGUCAUGCCAGACCUCGAAGAUCCUUUCGUACCGCUUUCUACGGGCUUGUUUGUGGACCCCUACGAUUCCAAGACACUGAUCACAUCUCUCCUCGAAUCGAUUCCGAACAUGUUCAAUCUCAUCAAGAACCCAGAACCCGCGCUACUGCCGACACUAAACGCCGCUCUCGAAGCUCUGAAACCUACAGGAGGCAAAAUCCUUUGCACCUUAUCAGCACUGCCCACUUUCGGCCCCGGGCGGUUACACCUCCGAGACGAUAGCAAAAACCGCGACACUGAUGCUGAGAAGAGGCUGUUUACAACCGAAAAUCCCGCGUGGAAGAAGACAGCUCAGUCGAUGGUCUCGGCUGGCGUUGGAGUUGACUUCUUUGUGGCAUCUGCGGGUGGCACAUACAUGGACAUUGCAACUAUCGGACACAUGUCGAGGCUGACCGGCGGCGAGAUGUUCUUCUAUCCAAACUUUGUGUCACCAAGAGAUACUGCCAAGGUACAGUAUGAGUUAGAGCAUGCUUUCCGGCGCGAGACAGGUUACCAGGCUCUUAUGAAGGUCCGGUGCUCGAAUGGUCUGCAAGUUUCUUCCUACCACGGAUCUUUCCUGCAGCACUCGUUUGGCGCGGAUCUCGAGAUCGGCACCAUUGACGCUGACAAGGCCAUCGGUGUCAUCUUCUCGUACGAUGGCAAGCUGGAUCCCAAGUUAGAUGCCCACUUCCAAGCCGCCUUGCUUUAUACAUCAGCAACAGGCCAGCGGAGAGUCCGGUGCAUCAAUGUCGUUGCCGGAGUCAAUGAAGGAGCAGCAGAGACUAUGCGUACGGUUGACCAGGACGCUGUUGUGAAUAUCAUUGCGAAGGAGGCAUCAUCGAAGAUCUCGGAGAAGUCUCUCAAGGAAAUUCGGGCCGGCAUCACAGAGAAGACGAUCGAUGUACUUGCCGCUUACCGCAAAAAUUUCUCCGGUUCGCAUCCCCCGGGACAACUCGUUCUUCCCGAGCAUCUCAAGGAGUUCUCCAUUUAUAUGCUUGGUCUCCUCAAAUCUCGAGCGUUCAAGGGCGGUAUCGAACCAACAGAUCGUCGUGUUCAUUCAGCUCGAUUACUUCGCUCCAGCGGAGUCGUCGAAACUUCACUGUAUCUCUACCCCCGCAUUUAUGCCCUUCACAACUUCCAGCCUGAAGAUUGCUUCGCAAACCCGGAGACCAUGCAGCUGACAUUGCCACCGACUGUCCGUGCUUCCUUUGCUCGCGUGGAGGAAGGUGGAGUUUAUCUUGUGGACGACGGCCAGAUUGUGCUCAUCUGGUUACAUGCACAAGUGUCACCAAACCUCAUCGAAGAUCUCUUUGGCCCUGAUAAGCACUCUCUUCACGAUCUCGAUCCCAUGCUGAACGAAAUCCCUGUGCUCGACACCCACCUAAAUGCGCAGGUCCGAAAUCUUAUCCAGUAUAUUCUGUCCUGCCGCGGUUCGAAAGCUGGCGCCAUCCAGCUAGCCCGCCAAGGCAUCGACGGCAGCGAAUUUGAGUACGCCCGCAUGCUAGUCGAGGAUCGCAACAAUGAAGCACAGAGUUAUGUUGAUUGGCUCGUCCACGUACAUAGGGCGAUUCAGAUGGAGUUGAGCGGCCAGCGGAAGAAGGAGGAGCACGACGGCGAGGGCAUACUGCAGAACCUGACUGGCCUCAAGGCUCCGUAUUGGACAUGA